GCAAGAAACGCUCCUUCAUUCACGCGUGAAUAUUGAAUUUUAAGUGUCGCGACUUAUAAUACUGGUUGGAUCCAAACACAAAUCAAUUCCUUCUACUACUCAUGGCCUCAACCUCAUCCAGCAUCGUUUUUGACGAUAUUUUCACGACCGAUGCCAUCGACAAGGAUGGCAAAAAAUUUGAUCGAGUAUCUCGGUUAUACGCUCGUUCAAAAAACUAUGAUAUGGACUUGACGCUUGACUAUAAUAUCGAACUCUUCCCUUUAGUGAAUGGGGACAGUUUUGCGAUGGCCCUUGCUUCGUCGCUAUCACGAGAUGGCGGCGCACCCACUGCAGAUGGCGAAGGUGGCGAAGACAAAGACAGAGACGUAUGGAGGCCAGAUGGUAAAGGAAGGAGAGGAUUGGAAGAAGAUUAUGACUAUGUCAUGUAUGGGAAGGUUUAUAAGUUUGAUACUGGAUCUUCCGACAUUGUCACGGCCUACGCGUCAUUCGGUGGACUUUUGUUAUCGAUCACAGGCUCAUAUCGUCACUUGACCAAUGUCGUUCUCGGCGAUCCUGUGUAUGUACUGCUCAGAAAAUGAUUAUCGGGGAUGUUAGUACUUUACCUCUGAAGCAACCAUCGUGAUGCUAUUUAAUGCGUCACCACUGGUCAUCGAAUCCUGAUUGAACUGCACUGUGGUAUAGUUCGGCGGCCGUAGUGUUACGUCAUAACAGUUCAUUGGACUGACCUCAUGAUUAUCCUCACGGGGUUGUUUUAUAUCAAAUGCGUUACGUUUGUCUUGCUACGUGGUAGUAGUCUACCUUUCACCCGGCACACCAUGUUCCGUCUUUCUACGAGAGUGCUUGCUACGAGGGGUUAUAAUCUUUCAUUGCGUUCAAGCUGCAUCCGCAGCUGCAGGGCAAGUUACCACCACUCAUCGUCUUCCGGGCAUACCACCCAG